AUGGCUUCAUACUACCCAGAAGGCGAAUGCUACUUCGUUAGAACCUCUCUAAGAUAUGGUCCCCACUGGUUCGCAGACAACAGAAAUCUGUUCUAUAGAACCGUUCUUCUCGAGUACUACUGGAACGGAUGGCCAGCGACUGGCGUGACGCAAAGAUCCCAUACAAGGUCACGCUGGCAGCAUGGCACACCAUCGGGAAUUGGAGGCACGCGCUUCGGGGACUGGGACAGAUUCUGGGUGGGUGAGAGCAGACACAAGUCUACGUCGGAUAUGCUCAGAAUCCAUAGCCAUCCCAACAGCCUCAACUGGAAUGAAUGUCGGGAUCACCAGAGAGGAGGCCCCAGAAAGUUCAUCCUUCGUCCGGUGGAAAUCCAGAACCGCGAUACCCAGUGGCUGUGGAUUGAUGCUACUAUCCCCCUGAGAGCUAUUUACUUCCCCGUCGCGUUUAAUACAGACCAAGCCUUCCCUCACCUGUGCACCUAUGUCGUUAUAGACUUUAGACACAGAGCGCAGCUUCAGAUGUUCAGUAAUACCGGGGUCUCUAGGACAUUGACUCUUAACUCCCAUAACGGCCUUGGCUGGCAUGAUGGCCUUACUUGGGGUUUCAACAUACCGGAUAUCAUUGCCUAUCUUUCCAUCCCACACAAGCUACGCAAUCCAGAAUACGGGCUGUUCAGAUCCAAGCAGCGGGGACAAGAGCUGGUUGUGUGGGCAAAUUCCACGGCAGUCUGGAGAUCUUCUGUUGCGGUAACAAACCAUCCGGAUUUCUUCCGCGAGAUGGAUUUCGCCAGAAUUCUCAGCGCCACCUUUGGCGUCGAAGUCGGAUGGAGACCAUACCAGCACAACCCCUUCCUUAGGGACAUUCUCGUUCGUCUCACUCAACUAGGCCUGGGCUUCAUCCCGGGCGUCGGUCCCAUCCUGUCCGUUGCUUUCGGAAUAGGAGUUCAACUGCUCACAGAUCCCGACUCGUUCGGCAGAGACAAUAUUCUUGAUCUCACCUUUGCUGUUCUGGAGGCUGUGAUUGACUCAGGCAAGAGAUCUCAGAAGUUUAUCGCACCAGAUUGGCUUGCCCAGUGUCCGUGUGGCGGUCAGCAACGGGGUGUACCGUUGACGGAGGAGCAGAGAGAGGCUCGCAAGAAAUUGGGUGAGGAGAUCAACAACCGUCUGACUGCGGAAUUGAAUGCUCAGCCUGUCAUACGGUCUCUUGAGGAUCAGGAAAAGCUUCUCACUGGGCGUGCUGAGGAAGUUCAAGAUGAGGCUACAGAGAUGACCCAGGACGCGGCGCCGGGAGAGGAAGCAGAGGAGAAGCAGGGGACCGAGGAGCCAGAAAAGAAGGACGGGAACGAGGAAGCUGGCGAGUAA